AUGUGGUCCUCGUCUCUCUUCUGGACCGCCCUCUCGGCGGUGAGCUGCGCGAGCGUCGUCUCGGGCGCGCCGGUCAACGCUGCCGCCGUCGAGAAGCGCGCCGUCAUCGCCCACGAUGCCGUCGUCGGCUUCGCCGAAACCGUCCCGAGCGGCACGCUGGGCGAGCUGUACCUCAAGUACAAGCCGCACCUCAAGGUGGUGAACGGGUGCGUGCCGUUUCCGGCUGUGGAUGCCGCAGGCAACACGAGCGGCGGCCUCGCUACCACGGGCGACUCCUCGGGCGACUGCGACAGCAGCACCGGCCAAGUCUACGCGCGGGCGACGACGUACAACAACGCCUUCGCCAUCAUGUACGCGUGGUACAUGCCCAAGGACUCGCCGUCGUCCGGCCUCGGCCACCGGCACGACUGGGAGGGUAUCGUCGUCUGGCUCUCGGACGAGUCGACGUCGGCCACGCUGCAGGGCGUCGCCGCCUCGGCACACGGCGACUUCGCCACCACCACGACCCCCAACCUCAGCGGCACCAGCCCGCUCAUCAGGUACUACAGCGACUGGCCCGUCAACCACCAGCUCGGCUUCACGAGCGUCGUCGGUGGCCUGCAACCGCUGAUCGCCUACGAGAGCCUGACGGAUGCCGCCCGGACGGCCUUGGCGGAUACGGAUUUCGGGAGCGCGAAUGUGCCGUUUAAGGAUGCUAAUUUCGAGAGCAAUCUCGCUCUGGCUGCGUUGUGA